AUGAUUGCUUCGCCUAGCCCAGCAGUAUCGUGUAUGGAUGAGAUUCUUGUUCUCCUCUUAAAAGAGGAAGGUAUUAGUGCAGUAUGCAAACUUUCGAAUUGCCGGAAUGAAGAUAGACCCUCAUGUGGGAAUGUUGGUACCGCGUUGAAGGGGGAGCACGUCUUCUUUGCCACAUGGCCCAGUCGAAGGGUUGACGUGAUGGUUCAAUGA